CAUCCCAGUUCUCAUUUUCCGCCGUAAUGAUGUUGCUGUUGCACUCCUGCGCUCAAAACGCCGACAGUUCCGUCAGGACAUGAAGUCAGCGUUUUAUUGGGUGUCAGACUCCCCGCCUACCGGAGACAGCACUGAAAACAUCGCUUUUCCUCCAGCUCUUAUCAGAAAGGUGAGCUCAGAUCACCUUUUGCGCUUUGUUGGGGAGGUUUUCCUGCACGCGGAGGCGGAAGACACUUGCACCUGCGAGAUGAAACUAACUAAAACUUUCGCGGAGUUUCAGCUGGGCUGGCCUCACAUGCAUUACGUCUUUGUUGUGCUCUGUGUUUUUGUCGUGGUUUAUAAAUUAACAAUUCUACUUGCGAAAAGAAGGGAAGCACUGCGGAACUUCCAAGCUUUUCCGGGGCCGCCGCCACACUGGCUGUUUGGACAUGUUCUGGAGUUUAAACAAGAUGGGACCGAUAUGGACAAGGUAGUGAAAUGGGGACAGGAGUACUCAUAUGUUUUCCCAAUCUGGUUUGGCCCCUUUCUCAGUAUCAUCAUUAUUCAGCAUCCAGAUUAUGCAAAAACUAUCCUGACAUCAUCAGAACCAAAAGAUGAUUUUGUCUACCGGUUUAUUGAGGGUUGGAUUGGAAAUGGGUUGUUGGUGUCAGAAGGUCAGAAGUGGUUCCGCCACAGGAGGCUCUUAACACCAGGUUUCCAUUAUGAUGUUUUGAAACCAUACGUAAAAUUGAUGUCAGAGUCUGCUGAGACUAUGUUGGAUAAGUGGGAAAGUUAUGCAAGCACAAAUGAGCCUUUUGAAUUGUUUAAACACAUGAGCCUCAUGACACUGGACAGCAUUAUGAAGUGUGCCUUCAGCUGCUACAGCAACUGUCAGAAAGAGGGUGGAACAAAUGCAUACAUCAAAGCAGUUUAUGACCUCAGUUUUCUAAUUGAUCUUCGGCUCAGAAUGUUUCCGUACCACAGUGACCUCAUUUUCCACCUUAGCCCACAUGGUUUCAGAUACAGAAAAGCACGUCAGGUGACCCUCAGUCAUACAGAGGAAGUUAUAAGAAAGAGGCAAGAAGCACUAAAGGAAGAGAAGGAGCUUGGACAAAUACAGGCAAAGAGAUAUUUGGACUUUCUGGACAUCCUUCUCUUUGCAAGAGAUGAGAACCAGCAGGGUCUGUCAGAUGAAGAUAUGCGGGCAGAAGUGGACACCUUCAUGUUUGAGGGCCAUGACACCACAGCCAGUGGCCUGUCUUUCAUCCUCUACUGUCUGGCCUGCAACCCAGAACAUCAGAAGAUUUGCAGGAAGGAGAUUAUGGAGGCCUUGCAUGACAAGGAAACCAUGGAGUGGGAGGAUCUCAGUAAAAUCCCAUACACUACAAUGUGCAUAAAAGAAGCUCUCCGCCUUUACCCCCCUGUACCAGGAAUUUCCAGAAAAACCACCAAAACUGUAACCUUUUGUGAUGGGAGAACAGUGCCUGCAGGUUCUGUUGUUGGAAUAAGUGUGUAUGGAAUUCACAGGAAUGCAUCUGUCUGGGAAAACCCUAAUGUCUUUGAUCCUCUGCGUUUCCUACCAGAGAACAUUGCCAUGAGAUCUCCUCAUGCGUUUGUGCCCUUCUCAGCUGGGCCAAGAAACUGCAUCGGUCAGAACUUUGCUAUGAAUGAGAUGAAAGUGGUGACAGCUCUGACACUGAAGCGAUACCAGCUCAUAGCGGAGCCCACUAUGAAACCCAAGAUCAUCCCCCAACUGGUUCUCCGCUCACUCAAUGGCAUCCACAUCAAGAUCAAACCUUUAGACGCAGAGAGCUAAAGUGCACUAACUGCAAGAACUGCUAAAAAUUACUGUAUUUAGAAAGUAAAUAAUUUAUGUUGAUUUGAAAUACUUCUACUAUGUAACAAGCUUUUAUAUAUAUAUUCAUGGACUCUGUCGUGCAAUUUAUGUUUUUGGGAGAAAUUGUCAUAGAGAAUAUGUGUCACAAUACAUUGUAUAUAAUUUUCCCAAUUUUGGGUUGUUUUUUUUCUUACAAAAAUAACAGAGAUUACAAAUACAAAUACAUAAAUAUGUCCUCAUUCAAAAAUGUCUUGUGAAACCUGCAUUGGCUUAUGGGAUGAUGAUGUCACAAUGAAAGUGACAUCAUCACAGUGAAAAUGUAAGCAGUAAAAGUAAAAAGCCGUCAAAAAAAUGACCACAAAUUCAGAUACCUGAAAAUUCUACUUAAGCACAGUAAUGAAGUAUUUGUACAUCGUUACUUCCCAUCUCUGCCUAGUGGUGGCUCAGGUUCGCAGUAUCAGUUUCUCAAUGACAAGAUCUCCACUCAGAUUAAAGAAAAAAAAACCCUCAGCUGGAAAUGGCAGUGGUAACAUAACCAUUCUUAUUAGCACGACCUAAAUCAUCUGCACACCAGGGAUGUUCCUGGCAAUUAAUUGCUUAGUCAACUAAACGAGGGGGGAUAGACUAACCAACUAGUCUCAAACUAAGAAACACAUAAAGUUAAAUUUGAAAACCAUUUAAUGGAAAGUUUCAAAAUAAAUGAUAUGA